GUUGUUGUUCACUGCUGUUGUUCAAUGCACGCUCGUGUGCACUGAGCUGAGCUGAGCUGAAGUGCAACUGCGAGUGGACGUGUCGCCCUUCCCUCCCCUUGCGUUCGCUCACUUAUUCUUAUUACUUGGUUCUCGUACUGUUGCUCUCGUGCAUUUCCAUUUCAUUUCAUUUCCACCAUCACACCCCUCCGUCUCUGCGCUUAGUUCCCCUCGGUCGUUAGUUUUCAUUUGUCUCGGAGCUUUCCUUCCCUGCCUGUCUCUCCAGCAGCAGCAACUGCAAUCAAUCAAUCAUCUACCACCAAGCAGAGCCUAAGAAGAAGAAGAGAAGAAGAAAAAAACAGAGAGCUUGUGUACUGUGCAUCGCUAGAGAAUCCCUGGAAACCGCGAUCUGCCCUGCUGCGGAAGCCAUCCCCGGGCGAUUGUGACGCUCGUUCCCACGGUCCUUUCCCCAGACAACCUGGGGCAUUUAUUAACAUUUCGGCUGGAGACUUUGUCGUCCCAAAACCAUCACUGGUGUCUCGUGCACACUCCACAAUCCGCGGCAAAUCCCGCGGCCCUGACGUCUACGCGCAGAACGUGCACGGUAACUUUCCCCUCCCCGGUGGGGAACUUGCAGCUCGUCUCGACUCGUUUCGCCUUGGACCUGUUGCCCGUCUUCCUGGGUCUCUCGUCUCGUCUCGCCUCGCCUCGUCUCCACGGAAACAACAGCAGCUGCAGGCACGCACGCAGCAUAGCUGUGCCAGAGCUGCAGCUUCACUGGCCAGCCCGCUGGUUUUGGGGCCCAACACGCCGACGCGAAACCCACCACAGCUCCUCGGCCCCUCGAUAAGCCCCUCCCCCCGAUCCCUCGACGACCACAGCACCAGGCAGAGAGGUAUCCACUCCCAGCCGCGACUGGACGAUCGAUCCCCACCCUCCCGACCUGGGUACCUACCUACCGAGCCGCCAGCAGCAGCAGGGACACUGCUCACCACUUGUGCUGGUCCUUUUCCUUGCGAGCCGCCGGUUCUUGGGGGACCCGAUUGACUCGCCCUCUUCCUCUUUCUUGACAAGAAGAAAAGAACUCACAGUCAGAGGGCAACAUGGCCGGCCGGGAGAGGGACUGGGACGACAACGCCAAUGGGUCUCCAGACCCCGAGACCCUCUAUACCAAGGAGUACUGCAUUGGUGGUGGCAGCUUUGGCAAGGUCUUCAAAGGUGUCGACAAGCGAACCGGCCAGGCAGUAGCUAUCAAGAUUAUCGAUAUUGAAAGCGCCGAGGACGAGGUCGAAGACAUCAUACAAGAGAUCGCCAUCCUGUCCGAACUGCAGUCCCCCUACGUCACGAAAUACUACGGUUCCUAUGCCAAGGGGGCCGAGCUAUGGAUCGUCAUGGAGUUCUGCUCCGGCGGCAGUUGUGCCGACCUCAUGAAGCCGGGCAAGAUCGAGGAGGAAUAUAUCGCCAUCAUCGUCAGGGAACUGCUGCUGGGGCUGGACUAUUUGCACUCGGACAAGAAGCUGCACCGGGAUGUGAAGGCCGCCAACGUGCUCCUGGGCUCCAAUGGCCAGGUCAAGCUUGCGGAUUUUGGAGUGUCCGGCCAGCUCUCGGCGACCAUGACCAAGAAGAACACCUUUGUCGGCACACCCUUUUGGAUGGCACCCGAGGUCAUUAAGCAGUCGGGCUACGACCACAGGGCGGACGUUUGGUCACUGGGGAUCACUGCUCUCGAGCUUGCCAACGGAGAACCACCCUACGCGGACAUCCACCCGAUGAAGGUCCUCUUCCUCAUCCCCAAGAACGCGCCCCCGAGGCUGGACAAGGACACCUUCAGCAAGGCGUUCCAGGACUUUGUUGCCUGCUGCUUACAGAGGGACCCCAAGGACAGGCCGACGGCAAAGGACCUCUUGAAGCACCCGUUCGUCAGGAAAGCCAAGAAGACGAGCUACCUGACCGAGUUGAUCGAAAGGCACACUCGAUGGUCUGCCACCCACAAGAGUGCGGACGAUGAUGACGCCUAUGACGACGUCGGCGAGCCUGCGUAUCGAGAGCCGGUGAACGAGGACAUGUGGGACUUUGGCACAGUACGACUGGUCGGCAACCAGGGUGGGAUUGUACGGAAUCCGGGCUUGAAUGCGAUGGGCGAGUCGGCUACGAAUGCACGGUCUUCAAGGCCACUUGAGAGUGAAUAUGGGGAUUCAAGAAAGGAGACGACACCCACGAAGGCCUUGUUGGAGAGGGAGCGAGAGACAUUCAGGACGGGCGGGUCGACAUCCGGCACUGCACGGCAGGUAUCACCACAGCGCAAGCCCGUCGGCUCGACUUCUGGGCCACCGCCGUCGCCCGCCAAGGUGCCCUUGCCCCCAUCGCCUGCGAAACCCAGCACGAGACCACAGGACCAAGGCCACGCGACCCCUAGAGCCUCGCAGAUGAAGCCCCUCCCCACUCCUGUCGACUCGUCUCCAGAACAUGAGAGGUCAUUACACGAGCAGCUCCAGCGGGACAUGGGUCACUUGAAUCUGGGCGCGGCUAUCAACGCAGAACGGCGUGUCUCCGGGCCGCGCAUGAUGCCUCCUUCAGCAAUGCAGCACCACCAGAUCCAACGACAGCCAUCCAAGCUGGGCCCGUUGACCUUGCCCGAGAUCCCACCGUUCCGAGCAAACGAGCAGCAGUACUCAACAACACCACAGUCGCCGCUCAUCCGGACUACGAACCAACAACACCCGCUACCAGUCCAGCCACAGGCGGCAAGACAGUACUCACCAUCUGUCAUGCAGGCACCGCAGCCGCUCACGCCGAAUUAUUUCAACCAACACCCACAAGCCCCCCGAGCCAUCCAGACCCAGAAUAUCAACCCGCUGGCCUCCAAGGAGGGUAGCCGCGGCACACCCUCGUCGACCCAGUCCUUCACACCCGAGCCCCAGACACCCACCCCACUGGCCUUCCCCCCGCCCGCGCCAGCCAACCCGAACGGCGAGCUCGACGCGCUGAACGACGUCAUCUUCCCCGCCCUGGAGGAGAGCCUCAAGAGGCGACAGAUCCACCUGCAGCAGCUGUACCCGGGGCGGGCGAGCAAUUCCGCCAGUGCCAACGGCGGCGGGGCGCCGGCGACGCCGAAGCAGCAGAGGGCCGAGGCGUCGCACGAGAAGAUCCGCAAGCUGGUGUACAAGCUGGCGCACGUGUGCAAGGAGAUUGACCACUUCGACAAGGCGGAGCCGGUGGGCAUGGGCAAGGACGUCGGCACGUUCCUCGAGGGCCUGCUGGAGGAGAUACUCGUGCGGGUCGAGCCGCUUGAUGACGAGGAGGAUGUCAUGUGAGAGUAGCGAGGCCGCAGCAUGUGGGAAUGACGGACGGCGUCGUGGUGGAGAAGACCCUAUUGUCUGAGGAAUAAAAAUCGACACCAACGCUGGGAGAGCUUGGAGGGGGGACCAGCGAUGAAAAUUCCUGAGGAGGGGAAGACCAGUGACGAAAAUGCAUAGGGUUUACGGGGAAAGACUUUGGCGGUAGUAGGUACGUCGGGCGGUGCAUAAGGGAUGGCAGGCUCGUCUUGAGAUUGAGAGAGAGCUGGGACCGGGAGGGAACACAGGGACCUACCUGAGUACCUACAACUUGCCUACAGGGCGGCGACACGUGCAUAAAAAAGACGUGGUUGGUUGAUGCAUUAGACCAUUGGGGGUGGAUAAGGGGGGACGGACACCUUGGAACAUGGCAUGGCAUGGCAUGGCAUGGAUAUGGGUAUGAGUGCACAGAGAGGGAGAGCAUUAUGGACAGACGGACAGGCUGAUGCAAAGUAGGGGGGGGUGGGCGAGGGUGGGCUAGGAAGGUCUGGCUUGGCUCCCCUCUUGGUCUGGUCUGCUGUCUGUGUAUUUAUCAUCACUUAUACCCGAGAGAGAAAAAGAGAGUGAGAAUUGAGAGGCUCACCUGUCU